UUUAAUAACAGCAGAAAUAUCUGCAAAAGUCAAAGAAAAUUUAAUAUCAAUUAUCAAUUUUGUAAGGAUAUAAAAGGUUAUGGAACUAUCCGCAACUAAAUUCGAUGAUUCAGAUCAAGAGGACGACGACGUCCCAGAGGAAAAUCAUAUCACCUGGAGUGACUUAUUCUUCUUACCUUUUCACCCCGUCUUUAAAUUGAUUGUCCUAAUGAGCGUUAUAGUCAAAUGCAUGUUGGGCCCCAUCCAAGCAGUAUAUCCUAUAAUCCAUUGUUCAGAUGUUAUAGACAAAAAUCUUUAUUUAUCUGUUAUGAAGUAUUUUUACACGUAUUUCAGUGAUGUUAUUUACUUUUUGGAUACUUUCCUUCAUAUAAUUCAUAGACAAGUAACUGAGACAACAAUGAAACGGGAAUAUUUGCCGAAAUCCGCGUUUCUUCUUUUGAUUGACGUGAUAUCUUUGAUCCCGUUCUACGCUUUGAUGACAUACGAGAAUUGUGCUUUGGCAGAACUUUGGCCUAACAUUUUGGCUUUUACAGAGUUUAUUGUGAUAUACAGAGUUGUCCAGUACUUUUCUAUGGUGUCGACACAUUCUUAUUGUAAAUUGGCGACAGGUUUCAUAUUCAUGCUAUUGCUAUGUGUGAAUUGUAUAUGCUGUUUUCUUAUAUUGCUGACAAUAAAUGGACUUUGUGAGAACUGUAAACAUAAUAUCUACGAUUGGAGAAAAUAUAUAAAUUAUCAGAAAAAUGUCACCGAUGAACAAUUUACAACCUAUGUUUAUGGAACAUUAUAUAUUAUGGCACUUAUCACUAAUGACGAUAAGAUUGUAAUUAAGCCAUCAACGGUAUUAGAAUACCUUCUAGUCAGCGUUUUUCUGGUUUGCUUUUAUUUAUUAUACGCACAGGUGCUAGUUCCUAAAUUGUUCUCGGAGUCAACAUUGGUAAAUAAAAGCAUGUUUGAGUUUUACCGUCGAUGCAAAAAGAUUAUCGAUGAAACUAAAAGAAGAAAUCCUUCACCACUCGCUCACAUUCACGUAACUAACUUUUAUACUCUUAUGUGGAAAAAACGAAAAGGCAUUAUUAAUCUACCUAACAUCGUAACUGAACUUCCACAGUCAUUGAGAGUUGAUAUAAAACACGAUUUGGUUUGGCCGCUGUUUUACCAUAGCCCAACAUUAAGGAAAACAACCACUUCACUUAAAAGAUAUCUAAGUGAAUUUGUUAAUUUAAACUAUAAGCUGCCCGGAGAGAAAUUUUACACUGGGCUUCAUUGCCACUCAAAUAUGUUCUAUCUGAAAUCUGGUAUAAUACAGUUGAUUUCCUCUGACGAUGGCGUAACACCACUGCUUUCAUUGACUAGUGGCACAAUACUUGGCGACGUUAAUUUUAUAGUUCCAUCUAAGACUAAACACUUUAACCUACGUUGUUUGACUUACUGUGAAGUAUUGACAUUAUCAAGGUAUGAUAUCUUGCAAUCGUUAAAAAAGUAUCCUGUCGACAGACGCAAUGUUAUAAAGCUUGUUAGAGAGAAACUAAAACAUGCAAGAACUUUAUAUACUUGUAAACAACAUGUGAGGGGCUUAGAUAGAACGGAAGAUGAAGGUAUAGCUUGGCUUAAAAGACGAUGGUGGGAGAUAUCCGGUGCAGUAGCUAGUUGGAAGAAAAAGUGUGACGACGAUGAAAUAAAAUGUGAACUACCACCAGAAGAAGCGGUUUAUCAUUGUGCCAAGUACAUUGGCCAGCUAGUACUAUGCAGCGAUGUUCAAUUACAUACCAAAACUUUGUUUGCUAAUGUAAAAUUUCCUUGGAUUUUAUCAUCUGAAACAUCUUUUCUUCGGAUCUGGCAUAUUAUUGUUGCGAUCACUGUGUUUAUGGUCUUAAUUGCAUAUCCACCAAAUCUGGUACGAACUGAGAUGUCGAGCUGGUUCAAAUUGUUUCGAUACUGGACUGAUUUUGUUUAUAUAGCUGACAUAUUUAUAUCAAUAUUAACAACGAAUAGUGUAGUUGAAAAUUUUACCACAGUUAUACUGACAAGAUGUAAGCGGCCACAAUUUGUCUUAGACGUUUUAGCGACGAUAUGGCUAGAAUAUAUAGCAUUAUUAUUAAGAAGAGCAGAUUUAUUCAAUUUUUGUCAAGUUAAUCGUUUGAUUAAAAUUUAUUUGUUAUUUACCAAUGAUUAUGCAAAUGAAUGGAAUAUAAGAAAUGAUCCCAUAUUCUAUAUUCUGUACAAGAUAGUACUGAUGAAAUUUUGCUUAGCUUAUAUAACAUAUUAUGUCGGCUUUAUGAUUUUAUUACUUUUCCUUAAAAUCUUGACAAUUUAUUUUUUCCUUGAACCCAUUGAUGAAGGGGAAAAUAUUUUCUUAGGAAUAUCGAUCGCAUAUCUCAAAUUUCAGCCACAUAGACUGAUUUAUUAUUGUUUUGAAAUAAUGAAUGAUUUUGGACAUUACCUAAUGGUACUGGUAUUCGAAUGCAUAUUUAUAUCUUGCUUAUGUCUCAGAGGAAGAGAGCAGGCGAACUAUCAAACGUUUGUAACCAAUCUGAAAAACUAUUAUAAGCAUCAUAGAAUUCACCAAGACCUAAUGAAGAGGCUUGACAAAUAUUUGCUAUGUCAAUGGAAAUAUUACAGAGGAAUGGAUAUUAUGCAUCCUAUAUUAUUGAAAGAAGAAGCUUUUGAUAUUUUCUGGAAAGUACAAUGUGAAGUGGCUGAAAAUAUUAUCAGUAAAUCGAAAGCUUUUAUUGGGGCUGACCCUAGCCUUGUGAGAGAGUUGGCAUCGAGUGCAAAAUUCUUAAUAAUGCCUAAGCAUACAACUUUGCUACUGUUCGGUAUUCAGUCGAAAACUGUCAGUUGGAUAGUGCAAGGACAUAUCAAAUGUGAAUAUCAUAAUGAGGAAGGGGAAUUACUUAAUACAAUCCUGAAUCCAGGUCAAAUGGUUUCAGUGAGCACCGUUUUACUCAAAAGACCAUCUUUGAAAACUUAUUCUUGUAACACUGAAUGCGAGUUGAUAUACAUAAAACUAGAAGAUUUCAUCAACAUUAUCAAAAGAUACCCAAACGAGGCGUCUCAUUUUCAAAACUGCAUCGAAGAGUUUGAUCCACUAUUUGAAAACAUAUUUCAAGCUUACGUAAAAAAACAUAAAGAGGUGGUUGGAAAGAAUUUUUUAAUUUUGCAUAUGCCAAUUUCUUACACAUAUGCCUAAAUGGGUUUAAAUAAUAUGAAGUCAUUGCAGUAUCCAAACAGAUUUAAUUGUAUACUUUGUUUUUAAUGUUUUCUAGUAUCUCAUGAAAUUACGAGAAAGAAUUAUCAAGGCAAGAAAUCAAACAAGUAAUACAGCCCUUUACUACGACAGAAAUAUUGGUGUAGAUUCAAGUUGGAGAUUUCCCGAUUCUGAUUUUAUGUACUAUUGGAUGUUAUUUAGAACUGUAACCGUCGUUGUGGCUAUCGCAAGUACAUCAUUACAAGGUGGAAUAGGCGUUCUGAUUAGACGACCUUUGAUUGUUGUCGGCGCCAUAUGUGAUUGUGUAGCCUGUAUCGAUGUCGUUUUCAAGAUAUUGGUGUUCUAUUAUAACGAUAAAGGUAUUGUUAUAUUCGACAAGCGCAUGUGCAUAGUGAACUAUCUUACAAGAGGUUUUCUACUGGAUAUCAUAGGAAUUAUACCUUGGCCUAUUGUUUGUGGCUCAAUAAUGGCAAAAGAGUUAUCUGAUGAUAAUGGUAUGCUUUUGAAUACCAUCUCAAAGUUUUCACACCUGUAUAUCUUGAUGUGUUUCUUCAAUCAUAUUGCCCAUUCGCCAUCUAUCAACAGUAUUUAUAUCCUGAUCAUCAAAUGGCAAGUAGUUACCAUAUUGAUCAUGUUGGGAUGUAGUCACUACAUGGUGCAUUAUUGCGUUGAUUAUUCAUUUGAUGAUUUUGGUGGUUUGACUCAUAUUGCAUACAGACACCAAUGCUGGAUGCCCACCUAUUAUAAGUUAGACAAUAAUCUAACAGUUGACCAUUUGCAUUUGGUGUUUGCCGAAUCUUUAAAUUUGGUUCAAAAUACGAUAACUUUUACAAGCGAGCAUUAUCAACAAAGCAAAUUAGAAACUUAUGUAAUAAUUGUAAUAUACUUAAUUCAAUUUAUCUUUUGGUAUAUACAAUGCUAUUGCGUUACUUUGAUGGUGCUUAGGUCCCACACAGGCACUCUCUUCCAACAUGGUGUCAAUCAAUUGCAAAAGUUUCUUACUUCCGAGCGAGUGGACCAGUCCCUGAUAGAUCAAGCUGUAGCUCAUUUUAGUUAUUGGUGGAAAAGAACCAAAGGAAUUAAUAUAGAAAAUAUGAUGAGCGAACGAAUCGGAAUGAUAUUUCGACAGGACCUCAGUUAUUUCUUUUAUAAAAGAACAUUUAUGGCUCUAGACACGCUGCUCAAUGCUGGUGAAUCAAUUCAAAGCCAACUAUCAAGCGCUGGAUUUAAAAUGUGCUUCAGACCCGGCGAGCAGAUCGUGAGGGAGAUGGACUAUCUGACGAGCUUGUUUAUCGUCCAUCGAGGGAAAGUUAUAGCUAGUAAACAGGGACAACAGUUAGCUAUAUUAGGAAAGGGAGCAAUUUUCGGGCCCUUGAAUUCCAAGGAAUCUCGUCCUGUGCUUAUUUCGGCUAAGACUGAUGGGUUUGCUGACGUAUUAAAAAUACCCAUCAAACAAUUCCAAGAAAUUAUUAAUGACAAGGUAAGGUCAAAUAUAGCGGACAAUCCCCAGUCUAAAAAUGAUUACAUGACUGUUAAAGUAGAAGUACAAGAAAUUCCACUUAAUACUAUUGAGUAUAUUUUACGGGGACGUAAAUUUUUACAUCUACCCUGGAUGAAAGAGCCGGUAGAAGCACGCAGAAGAAACUGGUAUUCAAAAUUUUUAUUUUUCGCUUGGUUUGUCUGCCCGUCUAUUGCUGUUGCCACAGUUCUCAUAAUAGGAUUUAUACCAGAUGAAAUUGCCAAGAAUAUUACUUGGUUAUUGUUCAUUUUAGACCUGAUUCACCUUGCUUAUAUUUCAUCUGAGUUUUACGCGGUCGGUAUAUUUGUUUACAAUGAACGUUUAAUGAAGAAACGCCAAGGCUACCGUUUGCUUAAGUGUUGGGGGUUUUACGCUGAUUGUAUAUCCCUUAUAGUACCAUAUAUAUCGAUCAUCAACGGAUAUUGGAUUUAUCAUCUUGCUCGAUUGUUGAGACUCCGAUUUUUCUAUCUGUUUCAUGUACAAUUUUGUACAGGUUUCAAGAUUCUACAUUUCCUUUCCUAAUAACGAAUCAACUAGAUGGAUAUCAAGAACGUAUAGAUUAUGACGAAUGGGUAAAAGCCGGGAUGAGAAAAUAUGGAGGUUAUAUUAAAAUAUCUUUAUGCUAAGUAAGAAAGCGUGUUUCUAUAUGAAAAAGAAAUGCUGAGAAUGUAUCCUGGAGUAUUUUAAUAAUUCCUUUUAUAGUGAAACAGUAUUUGGUUCUGUUCUGCUUGGUUUAUUAACUUAUAAAUAAUGACAUAACAUGUAAAUUUUGUAGUCCUACGUUAAAUGUAUAUGAUGUUGGUGUAUUAUUAAUAUUUAAUAACUUUUUUUAUUUAGGCACGUUUUCGCGCUCCUUGGUCGAUCAUAUUGGGUACAGAUUAGUCACAGUGAAUUUCCAUACUGAGCAUGGUAAAAUUUCUAUCCAGCGCUUAAUGUUGUGCCGUAGAGAAAAGGAAAAGGAAGGAAUGGCGACGUGUUUGCAGUGAUAGCGUAGAUUUGUUUUUUUUUAACCAUUAAACUCAACCAAGUUCGUGAUACCCUAUUCGGAAUUGUGUUCCAAAGUCUGAUUGAGUUCAAUGACAAGAUUCUCCCGUUUCUCUUUGGUUUUUGCCAGUAAUCCUAUCCAGCUGCUGCCUGUCCGAAGUAUCCUACAUGCACUGUACUAUCGUUAGCAUAGCUAUGAAUAUUCCUUAGAGGAAUAAAAUUAUUGAUAUAUUGGAAAUAUACGCGAUUGUUGUUAAAACAGAUGAAAGAUAUGAUAAAAUUAUUUGUCCAUGCCAACUUUGCAUUCAUUUUAAUUCCGAACUUUCCUACCUUUUGUUUGACACACCGCUACAUUCUACAGUCUUCGAAUUGUCGGCGACUCGAUCAGAUGCAUACUUCGCUGAUCCCAGUAUUCCACUUCUAGAACCUUCAAAACGAUGAAGGGUUCUCCCGCUGUUGAUAAGAAUUCAUUAGGUUGAUGAACCAAACGCUCGCUUCUCUGUGUGAAAUUAUAGUGCUGUAUCUUAGUGCGUUGAAUCAUUGUGUAGUGUACGUCAUUAUUGCCCGCUAUCCUGGCUGACGCCAGUAGUCUUUCGGUUAACCCGCUCCAACGUCGAGAGCUGUUGAGGAAUAGGAAGAAAGCAUUAUUCGGGUAGGAUGGGUCAGUGCGGCUGCUGAAGACGAUUUGCUGAUUAAUUUCGCAGUAAUGAAAUACAGAGAUUCCCGUAGCAUUAACCUCUUUCUGCAACAGGUGAUAGUUAACAAAUUAAAACCCAUGGUGAGACUUAACUUUGUGCUCCGUAGAAUUUUCGAACUUUAUUGCUAGGUUUAGCGCCAAUAUUCUUUUUCUUGGAAUUUCAGGCUGCAGUCGAGCAGCGUUUAAUUUCAAGUCAAACACCAGUGCUGACCAAAUAUACUUUGUCGUUCCAAAAAACUGGGAGAACGACUACAUCGUGGCAUUGACUUUUAUUGUUAUAUUAUUCACCCAGUCAAGUUUAUUUUUAAUAGCCCCUUUGAACGUCUCACAGAUUUAUUACAAAAUAUUCAUCGAAUAUCUGCUUCACCUUUUGCACUUAUGGAUUCUUAGCAUGAGCAUUUCUGCUAUAUGCACGAAAAAUCGGGAUCUAUAUCUGUAUGAUUAUAAUGUGAACAAUCUCGUGACUUAUCUGCAUCAGAGUGGGUUAUCGCCAAGCUUGUUAGAUACUGUGAAGGAGUAUACAAGACAGUUGUGGCAAAGGCAAGGGGGCAAUUGGCUGCCAGAACUUGCUCAUCAAGCACCCACGUGUCUCCGCGAGGAUUUGUUCGGUGCCCUAUACAUGCACCAUCUGAUGAUACCACCCAUGUUCAAGACACUCCCUGAAUAUUUCAAACGCCAGUUGGUAGCCAAGUUUAGAAGGACAGUAUUAUUCCCUGGAAAGUGUAUUGUAGAAGAAGGUGACAUUAAUGCGUCCAUAUUUUUUAUACAUGAAGGCGAAGUUGAAAAGUGGCGUUCGGAACAAGGGUAUUUUAAUAAUUGUAUUUUCACAAAUAUUUAUUAAAAUGAGAACUGCUCGAAUGCUUAUUUAUGUAUGUUAUAAAGGACCAUGCUAAACAGUUAAUGUGUUUUUAAAGGUUCUUGCUUAAGUAGUUUUAUAUAUCUCCUGAAAAAGGAUACAAAUCAAUCAGCUUGUUUUACCAUUGCUGCAAAUCAGCAAGUAUCUCCUAGUGCCAAUUGACUACUCAUUUGCCCCUUGUCUUGACGGAGGAGGUAAUAUUUUCAAUCUUCCUUUUCUUGCUUACCUUGAUAAUCUUCUUUUAUUUGUAAACAGGAAGAGUGAGGCUUAUGACAACUUAUUAUCUCGAGUUCCGUCGUGCUUCGGAAAGCACAUUGUGACGUUGGUCUUGGCUCUAGGCCCCUAAUCCAUCCAUACGGAAGGCCUAUACCCCAGCAAUUAGGACAUUAAUAGGUUGGUGAUGAUGAUGACUUUAGACUACUGGAAAUGAAAAUAAUAGCGAAUUUAUCUUUCAGCGGCGAGAACAGGCUGCUAGCUCUAUUGACGACAAACGAUUACUUUGGAGUAGUUCCCUCUUUCUUCGAUACUCCUUUCAUGUUUAGUUAUUACACUCGAACGGUAUGUAGGUAAUAUAAUUUAAUAUAGUUUUAAUUUGACAUUAAUUUGUGGAGGACAAUUAGCGAUUUAAAAGUUCGACUUCGUAAUCUUACUGCAUAAAAUGUGAUUAUAUUUACUAGUGACAUGCUCUUGCUUCGCUUUAAUUUAGACUAUAGUUUUUUUUCGGGGUUAUAUUUUAGAUACCUAUAGAUCUUCUGUGGAAUAUUAUAGAACUCAUGGUAAAAACCACCUGAAAAUACGAUGAGUAGUUUUUGAGCUUUCCAAGAAAAUAUUUAAAGGCAGAAAGAAAAACGAUUGAAAGGAUUUAGGAUUUCACUCAUAUCCCCUUAUGAAUAAACGAAGACUAACCUUGUACCAGUUACUCUAUGGUUUGUCUCUGUUCAUUGAAUGACAAAUGACACUUGAGUGAUAUGAAAAAAACACGACGUAACUAGUCUAAGCUUAUUCCUUGUUUAUUAUUCAUUUGUUAGCGUUAACUAAAGUUUUUUUGAGAAUUCCACAGGAACCUAAUUUUUUUCCGGGAUAUAAAGUAAUCGUAGCUUAUGUCUCAAUCCAGAUUAUAAACUAUAAGCAUACCAAAUUUCAUCGUGUAGUAGUUAUUAUGUGAUUGAGUAAUAAACAUACAAACUUUCACAUUUAUAAUAUUAAUACGAUUACCUGGAUUGAGACAUAGGAUAUACUACAAAAAGGUUUUAUGAGAUUUUGUAAACGUGCCUUCAGAUUUCUAACGGCUUCACGAGCGUCAAUGAAAUUUGACACGCAUAUAGCUUAUUACUUAAAUCAAACCUAGGAUACUUUUUAUCCCAGAAAAAAUUUAGACUCCUAUGCUAUGAGCUGUGCUUGUUUUUCAAAAAAACUAACUGUUGCGCAGAAAAGUCGCGGGCGGGCAGCAAUGUCAUAUAAAUCCUUCUCCAUUUGUGUUUUUAAGUCAGUUUGCUUUCUUGUCUAAAUGUCCAAUUAUUACAUAAGAUCUAAGAAUUGUAAGGUCUCUUGAAUUUGAAUUUGUAACAUUAAACAGGUGGUCGAUCUCGUGUACCUGAAGUUUUCCACAUGGAAAGAUCUUUUAGAAGCAUAUCCAGACAUCAAGACAGAGUUACUGGCUAAUGCGGAUAAAUUAAGAAAAGAGCAAUCGAAGGGUAUUUACAGACAUACCACUUAUUGACUGAAGAAAAUACAGUUAUUUCAUGAUGAUUGGUGGAAUAAUAUAAAUUAUAGUAUUAACUACGGUAUUCGAUUGAUACGACAACACAAGUACUCGUGUCUACAUACAUAGCAACUGAACCGAUAUGUGAUUGAUAUGACUGUGCGUAUGAACAGAGGGACCAGAUGGAAUUUCUCAAAAUAAUAUUUGUAAGAUUUAGUAUUAGUCUUAAAACAAAUAAGUUAAAAGAAAUGCACCAAGAUCCAUCCAUUGUUUGCCAUCAAUUCAGAAUUACAGUUAAAACGUAUACCUGUACAAGUGUAAGCGGAUGAGAGGAUUGAGGGACCACCUUUAAUAAUAGCUAUGUUCAAAUAGCGUCAAUAUUUUCAUUUCAUUUCUAUAUACAAAUUAUUUUAAGACUAGUACUAAAACUUUAAGUAGAAAAAGUAAGAUUUUAUUUGUUCGAUACGGUAAUAUUCACUAAAAAAAUAAUCUUUCUAAUUAAUCACAGUUUAGUCGUUAUGUUUGUUUUUCUCUUUGAUGCAUAGUGGUUUGUGAUUCAGUAAAUAUUGUUACAAAGGAGAUUGGUCAAAUUGGCCUAAAUGCAAAUAAAAUAUUGACAUAUACACUAAUUCUUGGCGUAAUUUAUACUUUAUUUUACAGUCAUUAGAUUUUAACGGCCAUCUUUAAAUAAUAUAUUAAUUUUAAAAAAGGACUUCUAUUUUUACCGGUUUGGAAAACAUACGAAUCAUUUUUAUUGGCUAUGGGUGUAGUAACAUUCACAAAGACUGAUCGAGGUUGUUUAAAUAACAUCAAAACAAAUCUAUUUUGUAAAGAUUGAUAAAAUAUUUCGAUGAUAUUUUAAUUCAAAAUGUAGAUGAUAUGUAACAUUAAACGCAACAUAAAAGUACUUAAGUUGUUUUAUUUCAUUAAUUUACCAUAACAGAAUAUUUAAGCUAUGUCAGGGAUAAACAUAUUUCACACAUUGAUCAGAACUAUCAUGAACCUACGUAAUAUAUUAUUACAUUAGAAUUACCUUUUACCAUUAUAAACCUAAUUAUUACUAAGAAAAUAUCCUAUUGGUUUUUAUAAAAUUAUGAUAACAGUUCCAUGUUUCUCAUAACAUAGGCAAGCAGGUACCAGUUCCUUGACAUGCAUUUUGUUAGUGUAAUUAGUGUUAGACACUUGUCAAAUGAAACAAGAUUGCUUCUGAAAGUCGCAAUGGCAUAAUCAUGAUUUUAAAACUUACUCUUGUGCAUUAAUUUUAAAAACAGGCAAUUAUCUGUUAUUUUACAUGCUCUAUAUACCUGAAUCUAAUACAUAAUAUCGGUACUUGGCUUGAUUGCCCUAUUUUCCUAUAUAAGUUAUUUGGUUUUUAUUAUUCUAAUACCUAUGUGCCUAUUUGCAAACAUAACCUCAAAAUCAUUCAGUGUAUAUGGUUUAUAGAAGUUCUCAGGAGUGGCCGUCGAUAAUAUUCGUUUCUACGGUAAUUUAUAUAUAAUUUCGAAUCUAGGAAACAAUUUUUCAUGAUUAUUGGUUUUUAGGCCAAACAUGUAUGGAAGCUGAGCAAUCUCCUUUACUUUUAAAACUCUGUAGUCACAGUACCUCAAAUUGAUGGCUUGUGAGGACUGAGAGAUUUAUUUUUAAAAUACUUUAAUAUAAAUUCCCAGAUUCGUUUUACAACUGUUUUAGACUACUACUAAAUCGUACUUAUUUAAUUUUGAGAAAUUUCAUCUGGUCCCCUUGUUCACACGCACAACCUUUUGAUUUAAUUACUUGAUUGCUAGUAUUAAGUUAAUGCGUUUUAAUUGUAUAAAAAUAGCGGAUGAAAUAACAAAUAAAACGUUAGAAACGAU